GCGAGCUUGGCAGAAGAAUUCUGCUUUCUCAUGCCAGAUCGACUCAUUUUUUUUUGUUAUGCCUUCACCGACGAUGGGCGUUCUUCCCUCGACGGGAUCAAGGGAUUGUGAUGUGUGGAUCCAUGAUUCUUUCGCUGGUGUAGAUCCACGUUGGAGAGGACCGCAGCGGAUGGUGACUAGAUUCUUCGAGGAGGCGAACCAAAUUUGCAGAUCCUAUCGUUAUAAGGUGAGAUUUUGGCCU